AUGGUUUCCUCCCCUUAUCCCAAUGCACUGUUUUUGCAAGAGCAUGAGUUGUUGAGUGCCCUUAAGGGGUGCUCCAACUCCUCUGUGCCAGGACCGGACCAUGUUACAUGGGCCCACCUAAAGGAGUUGUUCAAGGACAAACACAUCCUCAUGCUCUUCAUUGUGCUGGCCAACGCUUGCCUUUGGGUGGGUCAUUGGCUGCGCAUAUUUGAGGAGUCACUCUCGGUUAUUGUACCAAAGCCGAAUAAGCCCUCCUAUGCAGUCCCAAAGGCCUUCAGGCCUAUAGUACUCCUCAUCACUUUCAGUAAACUUAUCGAGAAGAUGAUCGCCAAUAGGAUACAGUUUGACACUGUCAAACAUGAUAUCUUUCACCCGAACCAGCUUGGCGGCAUUCGCCAAAGGUCCACUGAGGAUGCUGGAUUGAUUCUGACCCAUCUCAUUGCACUGGCUUUUGACAUUGCGCAGUUCUUCCCUUCUAUCAACCAUGAAAUGUUCAUGGCUGUCCUACGCAAGCAAGGGUUUUUGCCAAUUUUGGUGGAUUUCUUUGCUUCUUACUUAGUUGGUCGCUCCACAGUUUACUGUUGGAACACCUUCCAAUCCGACUCACAGUCUGCGGACAUGGGUGUCAGGCAGGGCUCUGCUCUCUUGUCUGUUAUCUCUGGGCUCUUCAUUGCUCCAGUGAUGAACCUCUUCUACAUCAAGGCAGCGCCACUUAACACGACACUGCUCUCCUUUGUGGACAAUGGGGCGAUUCUGGCCCAGUCCAAACAACUCGAUGAUAAUAAUGUGGGCCUGCAUAAGGCCUACAAAAUUAUCUACCUCCUUUUUGUUGCAUUCGCACUUGUUCUUGAACAUGACAAGACUGAGCUGUUCCACUUUUCGCAUUGA